ACCUCCAAGUCGGCGGGCGACAGAUGCCCCUCACCCCGCUGAGGAAAAGGGAAGCUCCCUGGUCGUCUGAGAGUCGGGGAGCGCCGUCUGCAGUCCCUGCCCAGUGGGGGUGGGGGCCGCCUCUGCCCCGGCCGGCUCGGCGGGAGGCUGUUGCUGGCGGGAAGAUAGCCGCGGGCUUUUCUGCCGCGUCUCGCGGGUGGGGGCAGGAAGAGGACGACCCAUUCCCCGGGGAGAUCUGAGGACGGUGGUCCCCGGGAGAGGAACUCACAGCCCAGGCCUGCUGAGGGGCGGGUUUGCCCCUACUGGGGGAGGGGCGGGGAGAAAACUCCCGCUUCUCCCGCUUUCCGCCGGGAGGCGGGAAUUCGCGGUGUCCCCGGGAGAGGGAGAUGCAAAGGCCCUUCCUGGAAGGCGACACCGUCCCGGGCCGUUGCAUUUGUGAGAGAGAGCCAAGGCAGUAUCCUCCAAAGAUGAAAUGAUACAAUGCCUGGCAUUUGCUUCAAAACAAUCUGGUGAAGGUGGGAAGUGGAUGGGGAAGGUGGGAGUCAAUCAUUUUGACAAGUCUCCUGAAAGGAACAGCUAGCAGGAAUUGAAACCUUUUUCCAUUUGGUCUCGUGGCAAAGGCAGAGAUUGCUCCAGCAGCUCCACACAAAAUGAUGUGCUCACGGGUGCCCUCUGAACAGUCUUCUGGUACCUCUCUCUUGCCUAAAGACAGUGCCCCAUUUUCUUGGGGUUCCUUGGAUGAGGAUGGAUUGGAUGACUCCUUGCUGGAGCUGUCAGAGGGAGAGGAAGAUGAUGGUGAUGUAAAUUACACAGAGGAAGAGAUUGAUGCACUGUUGAAGGAAGAUGACCCAUCAUAUGAGCAGUCUUCUGGAGAAGAUGACGGUGGGCAUGUUGAGAAGGGAGAAAGAGGGAGUCAAAUUCUACUUGAUACUCCCCAAGAGAAAAAUUCAUCGUAUAGCCUGGGACCAGUAGCUGAGACUCCUGACCUCUUCAAACUACCUCAGCUAAGUACAUCAAGUGGUCAUGGACCAGCUCAUACUAAACCAUUAAACAGACGCUCUGUGCUAGAAAAGAAUCUUAUAAAAGUAACUGUUGCACCAUUUAAUCCAACAGUUUGUGAUGUUGUGCUUGAUAAGGACGAGACUGAUUCAUCCAAAGAUACUGAAAGACUCUCUUCCCUUGGAGAAGAGAUGAGAGAAGAUGGUCUUAGCCCAAAUGAAAGCAAACUUUGUACUGAAUCUGAAGGGAUCAGCCCCAAUAACUCUGCCUGGGAUGGGCCCCAGCUCUCUUCUUCAAACAAUAACUUUGAACAGACUGUCUCUGAUAAAAAUAUGCCUGACAGUGAGAACCCUACGUCUGUAUUCUCUCGGAUCUCAGACCAUUCAGAGACUCCUUCUACUAUGGAGUUAUCCUGCAGAAAUGGUUCACACAAGUCAAGUUGUGAAAUGAGAUCUCUGGUUGUUUCCAGCUCAUCAAACAAACAGGAUGUUCUUAAGGAUUCUGGGAAGAUGAAAGGCCAUGAGAGAAGACUAGGCAAAGUCAUUCCUGUUCUACAAACCAAGACCAGGACUAAUGUUCCGACGUUUUCACAAUCAAAUCUAGAACAGCAGAAGCAGCUUUAUCUCAGGAGUGUCAUUGCUCAUAUAGAAGACCCAGAGGACACUAACCAAGGUAUCUCGGGGGAGCUUUGUGCCUUGAUGGAUCAAGUUCAUCAUAUGCAGCACUCAAAAUGGCAGCAUCCUUCGGACCUCACCACGCGAAACUACGCCCGCCGACAGAAACAUCUGCAAAGAUACAGUCUGACUCAGUGGGUUGACAGGAACAUGCGAAGCCACCAUCGGUUCCAGCGUCUCCCAGACUUCUCGUACAGUUAACUUGUGUCAUCCCAUCAGCAAUGAAGGUCCCUAUCCAGGGUCCUGCUUGGAGCAGCAUUUCAUGUUCUUUUGCUGUUUUGUGCUUUGCCGAUUUUGGAUUUUAUUUUUCACAAGGUUUUUAUUUAAAAAACUCAUCACCUUUUGGAAAUGCCCAUUGCCGACUUGAAUUUUUUUGUAUGAAGUCCCUCCUGAUUUUGUGUGUGUGUGUCUGUGUUUAAGCAAGCGUUCGGUUGGUAUAGUUUUUUUUGUUUUUUUAAUUUAAAUUGAAGGUAGCUGCCUCCUGAAAGCCAGCAUUAAGCCAGAACACCCAGGUUCAAGCAAAAGACCCACCUCUCUGCGGAGGCAAAGUCUACUUUCUGGUACCUCAAAGAAAUCAUUGUUCAAUCUCCCAUAAGGAAGAGAUUCUUUACCAGGCUGUGAGCCAGUGUUAGGUGACUUGUGAAUGGACAUAAGUUACUUUUAACAACCCCUCUUAUUUUUUAUUUGAAUCCUCUGAAUACCUGUCAGUAUUUUAAAGUUGGCAAUCCAGGACAUUAUAAGUAGGAUGGAGCAGGAGAAGAAUCCUAUCGAAAGGACAAAUUAAAAUAGUAAAUCCUCUCCUCUCCCUUCUGUAUGUACUAGCUGCCUUGAUUUUUUUUGUUGGGGGGGGAUUUUUUCAUUCCUUAUUGAACUUAUUUUGCACAAUAGUGUUUACAAAUCUUAUACAUCUUACUUUGACAGAAGACUUAUAAUACCUUGUGGUCUUGAGACUGGUUGUCUCCUUUGCCUUUCUUCAAGGAUUUUCCUUUUUCUUUUUACCCCCCAGUGACCACUCUGCUCGGUAGGAUUCUAGUGGCAGUAUUCUUGUAACCUGUUAGACGUGGAUAUGCCUCUUCAGGAUGGCCUCCUUGCUGUCUUUAUUGAAGAGCUGCCCACCCAGGGUCUUGACUCUAGGGCAGGCUAGUGCUAUUGUGGUGUCAGUUGGUAUUUAGUUUCAUUUGCUGAACCCCAAAUUUGAGUGUUAGUUAGGGAGCCUCCAUUCUGUGGGAGAGUGUGGAAAGGCACUCUUUUGUCUCCAUUAUUAGUUAACAAGAGGUGUCUUUAGGCCCUGGAUGUUAUCAUCUCAUUUGGUCAAGCCCCUGAUACCUAGUUUCACAUGGAUGCUAACGUGGAUGUAAUAUAGUUGUGACUAAGCCUAUGCACAAAAGCAUUACCUGAUCUUAAGGUUUGGUAUUCUAACCAAAGUUGACAGACUGUGCGUCUGUCUUAAUGGAUGUCUUAGGAGUUGGUUAUUCUCUCUUUUUUUUUUUUGAGACGGAGUUUCAUUCUUGUUGCCCAGGCUGGAGUGCAAUGGCGUGAUCUCUGCUCACCACAACCUCCACCUCCUGGGUUCAAGUGAUUCUCCUGUCUCAGCCUCCCGAGUAGCUGUGAUUACAGGCAUGCGCCACCAUGCCCGGCUAAUUUCGUAUUUUUUAGUAGAGACAGGAUUUCUCCAUGUUGGUCAGGCUGGUCUUGAACUCCUGACCUCAGGUGAUCCGCCCACCUCGGCCUCCUAAAGUGCUGGGAUUACACGCGUGAGCCACUGCACCUGGCCGGUUAUUCUCUCUUUACAGAUAGCUAUAGACAUCAUUUUAGGAAGUUUUGCAGUCUGGCAUUUGUGCUGUUGUUCAUUCUCUGUGAAGGUUGUUCAUAGUUGCUAUAGCCUGUGUUUAGUUUUGUGAUUUCAUCAAUCCCAUCUUUCUGUGUGAGUAACGCAUUCUAAACAUCCUACCCCACUUUAGAAACUGACGUGGGGAAAGCUUGGUCAUUUAAGCCAACAAUAAAUUUGGGUGAAUGUCCCUAAGUGUUUACUGUUUUUAUCCAGUCAAAGAUUUGCUUUUCCUUGAACAUUUGGUUUAAAUUCUGGGGCCAAAAUGCAAAGGAGAAGUUCUAUUCAAAGGCAGUAGUUGAAAUCUAUUAUUUUAGUUAGCCUACUUGGCAUUUACUACAUUGGUCACUUCUCCAGGCUGCCCUAAAUUAGGCUGAUGGAGUGAGACAUGCCAAACAUCCACCUUUGGGACCAUAGCAUAGUUAAAAUUAAAUGUAGUUGGAAUAGCUAGCAUUGCAGCUGUCUCGUUCCCUACAGAAAACCCAAGGAGUGAAGGGACAGGAUUUUGCCUAGGCAAAAAUCUAAGACUCAUGCCCUCCUGGUACAUGGGGUUUUAAGACUGAAUGUGUAAUAGGAGCACUGCCUUUGCCAAAUCAAAUGAGUGACAGGUUAACUAGAAAAUGUGACAAUCACAUUUCCUCUUAGCUCAAAUAAUUCUGUUUUUCCCAGGCUUUAGCAGCUUAAUUAAAUCUGUUGGACUGGGGGAGGAGAGAGCUGUUCUCUAGUGGUUAACAUGGUAUUCUUUAAGAAGAAAAAACAAAGCCAAAGAAAACUCAUUAUCUGGCAUGUUCGCCUUAAAGAUGGUAGUGGGUAGAAUCUGGAGUUUUCAUCUCUUUUCAAAGCUGCAUAUCUCUUAUAUUUGGUGUUGGCCUCUAAGUCUAAUAUUGCAGUUGGAAUUCUUGCUGUAUUAUUUUUUAAGCAAGUGUUAGGUGCAUUUAACUGCUUUCUUCAUCCAUGAUGACAUUCCCACCAUGGGGGUCUUGACAAAGCAGAGUAAAAACAUGCUGUUUACAUUGUUUACUUAUAAGUAAGGAGCCUGAAAUAACCUGUAGUUUCUAAUGCAGGCCCUGAUUUACUGGCGUUGUCAGUUUCAAUUAUGAAACUGAAGUUUGGUGCCUCCUCUUUAUCAUGUUUUUUCCCUUGUAGCAGUUGUGUUUAAUGUCAUUAAAAAGAAAUAAAAGUUCUUUGUCAGUGA